CCUUACAUCCGCUUCCGGUACCGAGAGAGCGACUGAAGCCUUCCAAUCGAGAAGCGGUGGCGACAUGGCGGCAGCGGUCGUGCUCGGGAAGGCCUCCCGGCAACUGGUAGCUCCAACUCCGCGGGCCGGGCUGAAGCGGCUCCUCUCUGCGGCAGCGGCGUCGGGCCAUGGCGAGGGCGGGUCCACUCGCAUGUGGAAGAUCCUGUCCUUCGUGGUUGCUUUGCCUGGAGUUGCUGUGUGUAUGCUGAACUGCUACCUGAAGUCUCAGCACGAACAUGAAAGGCCAGAGUUCAUUCCUUAUGCCCAUCUGCGCAUCCGGACCAAGCCCUUCCCAUGGGGUGAUGGAAACCACAGUUUCUUCCACAACCCCCAUGUUAACGCUCUGCCAACUGGCUAUGAAGAUGACCAUUAAGCAACUGCAUCAUGCCAGCCAUGGGGACCAUUUAAGGUAGCUGUACCAAGACCCACGUUGGGACCAGCAAUGCUCUCCAUUCCUUAUACAGUACUAUGAAAUGAUGAAGUUCUGACCUCUAGCAGAAUGUAUUGUUUGUUCCAGAGGUCACAUUAAAAAGAAAAAGAAAACACUUUCAACCAAA